GGAUGUACCACGAGAGAGUAGUGGAUCACUACAAUAACCCGAGGAACGUCGGGUCAUUCGACAAGAACGACCCGAGUGUUGGGACGGGACUCGUCGGGGCGCCGGCGUGUGGUGACGUCAUGAAAUUGCAGAUUAAGGUUGAUGAGGAGAGCGGUAAAAUUGUUGAUGCUUGUUUUAAGACUUUCGGCUGUGGUUCCGCGAUCGCCUCUUCCUCUGUUGCAACCGAAUGGGUGAAAGGUAAACAAAUGGAGGAAGUCCUGUCAAUUAAGAAUACGGAAAUCGCAAAACAUCUGUCUCUUCCACCAGUGAAAUUACACUGCAGCAUGCUUGCUGAGGAUGCAAUUAAGGCCGCCGUGAAAGAUUAUGAGGCAAAGCGAUCUAUAUCAAAUAGGAGCCAAGAGGCUGCACCUGCGGAGAAAGCUGCUGAUGCUUGAGAAUGUGCUUUAGAUAUUUUCAAGCGGUGUUGCUAAUCACGUCACAACAAUAUUUGUAUUUUGAAAUGUGUUAAUGUACUCAUCCUUACUCAUCCUUGUCCCUUCCUCAUGUAAUAUUUCAAGUAACAUCAGUUAAUACAUAUGAUUUUGCAUUCCUUUUUUC